CAUCUGGUGCUCCAACUUCCUGCUGAGUUUCUGAUGCAAGUCUGAGUCUUUUUAUUUUAGUUGUAAUUAAUAGUUCUCAGUAACAGAACAAAUGCUGCUCAACAACUAAAUCUAAGUGUGUUUCUGAUGCAGGUCUGAGUCUCUCACUAACAUGGUCUUUACCUGAUGUUGCAGAUACUGAGGUGUUCUGUGUUUUUAUGGAGAGAUGCAUCUUACCGUGCAGCUUCAAGGUCGGUCCUUAUGACAUCAUCACCUGGGCUUAUUUCAAAACUAAAAGCCUUCUUGUCCCCUCUUACUAUAAACAAGGGGAUCUACCCUCAACCUGAGCUCACCUGGUCCACCACACCUCCAUCCAACAUCAACCUCCACAACACAACCACAGUCCAGCAGAAUGAAGAGCAGCUUUACAGCAUCAGUAGUUCUCUGAUCCUCUCACACAGUCAUACUGAUCUGGUCUACAGCUGCACCGUCUCAACUCCAACAAACAGGAGGAGAGCUGCUUGGAGGAAACUCACUCCUAUCAAUGGAUCAACAAGUGAAACAAUCAUCACCUGCGCUGCCUCCAACUUUUCCUUCUCUCACCUGCUUUGGAGAUUCAACCACAGUCAGAUGAUGGUGAAGCAGAGCAGGACUGAUGGCAGCUCCACAGUCUCAGAGGAGUGGAGGCAGCAGGUGAAGGAUGUGUCAGAGUCAGGAGACAUCACACUGCAGGACUUAUGUUCAGAGCAGGAGGGAAUGUACACCUGUCAACUCAGUAAUGCUGAGGAGACGCUGAUAAGUGACACCUCUGUGAAGAUAAGUGGAGGGAAUUCAGUAAAUGGAGGAAUCAUAGGUGGAGUGAUUGGAGCUGUUCUGGUUGCAGCAGCAGCAGUCGGUCUGUUUCUGUUCUAUAAAAAGAAAAGAGAUGAAGAACAAAAUAGCACAAGAACUCCAAACAUCACUGAUCCUCUGUUCAAUGUAUGAAGCCUGAAGAUAAAGAUGGAGGACGUUCUUCAAAUGAAGGAAAUGUUGAACCUGAACUCCAGUCUGGUCACUCUGGAAAUGGAAACUAGAAAUGGUUCAAGAAAAAUGAACUUCUGCAGCAGUGACUGAAGGACUAAACAGUGCUGUGAUGUUUUGAAUGUUGAUGAGUUUGUUCCAGAAAGACUGAAGAAGAGCUUUAAAACUGUUUUAGACACAAACUCAUUGUUCUUCUUCAGAUCAUCACUGAAAGUCAAAGAUUUCAGGAGUUGUGUUCUGCUGUUGUUGGUCCAAUGACCACCAAUCAGUGCCUUCAGCUUAAAGGAAGCACUCUGACCAAAUAACAGUUCACAUUUUGAAUUUAUUUGUCAUUUUAAGUCAGAAAUUAUUCCAUAAUUUAACGUGUCUGUCUUAAAAAGAUCUGUUAGUUAAUAACCGGGAUUAUAGUUCUACAUUUCCUUAAUUCUCUACAUUUCUAAAGAAGGAACUGUAAAAAUCUGAGUAAAAAUCAGGAUUCUACAGCAUUAAGCACAGCAAGACAAGCGAUGGUCGCACAUUUCAAACCUCAAAAUAUGUUGAUUAAACUAGAUGUUUAGUAAAACCCAUUUUAAUUUUGUUUGCACAACUAAAUAUUCUGAAUUAAUUCAACUUGCUGCUUUUAUUCUUCCGUUUCAGAAGUCUUGCUGAUUUGAUGUGGAGCAUGGAUGCUGUAUUUUGUUAUAAAUGUGAAUCCAGAAACUUCAAUAAAAAAAAAAAAAAUCUUUUUUAAUUUUUGAGAACGUAUCAAUUAAUUUAAAUGGUGUGAAUUCAGAUUUGAAAUGAGUCAAAUUUUCCUUUGAUUUUUGAUCUGAAGUUAAAACAUCUGAUACCAGAAGAAAAUACAGCCAAA